AUUUUGUGGUGGAUUGAUGUGUUAUCAAUAUUUCAUCUGAUGUAUGUUCAUAUAUAAAUUUUUAAUUGCAUUUUACCACCGAGAUAUUAAAAAGUACAUAGUUAUCAUCUAUUCUGUUUAAGUAAUGCCAAUAUAAAAUUUUUGUCUCGGUUAUUGUUUGUGAUUAUUUUAAAUAACUGCUAAAAUAAGAUGUAUUUAACAAAUGUGUUGCUUAAAAAAGUCAAAUCUAAACAUACCAUGGUUUUAAUGGAGAGUAUAGUUAGUGGUCAUAAAUACAAUGUUUUUAGAGAACGUUUAGCAGAUAAACUGGAACUAAUACAUUUUGAUCCAUGGAUAGGUCAUAUGGCAGUUUACAAGGAGCGCAAGAAAAUUAGAAGUGCCAAUGUAAAGAGAUUUACUGAACCAGCUUAAUCAUUGUAUUUCAUAAAUAAUAAUAGAUAUAUUGUAAUUAUCAUGUAUUUUAUCAUUUUUGUUCAAUAUAGUUACAUAAUUAUUUUUUGA